CGUACCGCAUGGAGGAUGACGGGGAACCGGACGAGGGUGAUGAGGAGGGAGACGAAGAGGAAGAGGAAGAGGAGGACGAGGAAGGAGAAGAAGAGCUGGAGGAAGAGGAAGAAGAGGAGGAGGAGGAGUUGGGCGAGGAGGAAGAGGAAGUUUAUCAGGGCGAGGACGACGAGGAUGAGCACGAGUUCGACGAGGAAGACGAGGACAACCUGGAUGAGGAUGGGAACGAGCUGCCCGAUCGGGGGCGAACGAACCGGUUACAGCUUCCGGCACCGAUCGAGAUGACUACCUCGAUGGAUUCCGACUGUGACGAGAUCUAUCUGAUGCCCCAGAACACGUCCGAAAGUAAAAAGCUCAUUAUCCAGGACUUCCUUUUCCAUCACAGCAAUAACGAGUACGACACUUGCAUCAGUGGCGAUGACUACGAUAUUGCCGAGGUGGACGAGGAAGCCGAAGAGGAAGAGGGUGACGGUGCCAGUGCCAUCGAGCGUCAGAAGGAUGCGUCACUGGAGCAGGAAGAGGACUUUCGGCUCGCGCGAUACAUCGGCCCGGACAAGGAAACGCUGACCAUCUAUAAGAUCGGUUCAAAGGAGAGUAUCCUCGACUCGAUCAAGAGUGCAACACCGGAAAAGGACGCGACCACAAUACCUCACAGUGUGUCGAUGGAGCAGUACUUCCUGAAAUCGGACUGCGUGACGACGCUGGAACGGGCGGCAUCGCUCGAUUUGUUAAGCAACUCCAGCGGGACGCUCAACAAGUCCACCCUUACGGAUUAUGCGUUCGAUACGGUGCGGAACAUCAACCUGGACAGCUGCAGUACCUCACGGUUAAGUCUUUCACUGAAAAGCGAAAUAUUCGAGGAAACGGCCAAUGGAAGCUCGGGCGGUGGCACAUCGAUUGCCGUGGAUCCGCAACCGUCGGCCGUCGGUGUCGUAGAAUCGGCCACCGAAACUGGUACGGAUGCGGUUCCGCGUAUUAAAAGCUGGAACAUUGAGGACUUCACACUGACACCGGAGGAAUCGUUUUCCGACGAGCAGCUACCGCUGGAUGGGCCUGGGGUGGCAGAGCACGGCGGAGAUCCGUCCACUUCCGUCACCCCCAGCAAUGAGGAUAUUGUGCGCAUCUCCGAGUUGCUGCAGGAACGUCUAGAUCAACGUCGACUAUCGUCACCCACGGAACCGGUUAACUUGCCCCCCGUACCGUCUCUUCGGCAGGACAAUCUGCAGGAGAAUGAAAUGAACGCCUCGAAUGCCGAGUACACGAUAGUGGAUCUGGACGAGGAACCUUACCUACACGAUCCGUCGAUAUCGGAGUUUACCUCCGAGAUAACGAAGGAGUUUGAUCUGCUGUUUUCACGCGCCGAAACGGAAUCGCUCGCGGCAGCUGCCGCUGACCGGACCGGUGAGCCUAGCCCUGUAGUUGAACCGUCAGUCGUGCCACCCAAAUCCGACGCCCCUCCUGCUGCCCAGCUCGGUGACGUGCUGAAGCUACUGAGCGAUCUACCGACACGCUACUCGAUGCAGAUGCUCGACCAUAUCAAUCUCGAUGUGGACGACAUUCGCAUCUCGUCGGGCUCGACUUGUGAUGAAGGGCUCGACGAUCGACCCACGGUCGACCCGGUUACGGCCCGGAAUGAUCCGGUACCCCCACCUCCAAUCGCAAAUCCAUCCAGAGCCACACAACCGCCAGCUAGUGCCAAACCACCAUCGCUCCGCCAUCCUGCCGCCAGCGGACGAUCCGCUUCCGCUAAAGCAAAAUCAUCCCGUGCGUCCGGUCGUCAGCCGAAGACGGCUGCCACUACGCCGACAUCCGUGGGCGAUACCAGCUUGCAGAUCGCCCCGGAAACAACGUCCGGUCAGGCCAGCCAGGGUGGGUCGGUGUCGAUGGUUGUUCCUGCUAGCAGCCGCGACCGGCUCAAGAAGGCACGCAGCCAAUCGUUAGGUAAUUUGAGAAACAAAACAAAAUGUUUUCCAUUAUAGAAGUUAAGUAACACUGUAACAAUAACCGUAACACUACUGUACUGGGUGCUGCCAGCGGUGGUGUAGCGAGUAGCGAGUUCGUAGGCUAGAUGUUUACGGUGCAGCGUGAGCGCGUGAGGUUACAGCCAAGGUUCAUCAUCCGCACGGCAGAGCACGGAGAGGCUCACGGGGAUCGGAGCGUUCGGUGGUGUACUCGUACCCUUCCUUCCUUCCUUCUCCGUUCUCUCCUUCUGUCGAUGCGUUUCAUCCAAGUAUUUGGAUCACCGGUAGGUAGGUAGGUGUGUUGGGUGUGUUAGAACGGGGGAGGCACGCAUGGUGCGACUGUUUUUUCCUGCUGAGAUUUUUUAUACGAUUCGCUGUUCGUAGGACGAUCAUCCUGUUGUAGUUUACUGUAAGAACAACCUCUCAUCCCGGAUCCCACUCCGACUCCAUCAAAUCCAAUCCGUACGCACACAUACCCACAUUACAUUAGCUUUAAGCUCUAGUCAAGUAAAAUCGAAUCCGGUAUCUGGCGUUAAACC